AACUGAAAUGGACGGUAUUUGACGAUGCGAUUGGCUUUGUCUUUGUGUCUGGACUAAAAAGAGAAACAUAUGUAUUUAUCAUAUUUCGAUUGAAUCCAAGAAGAGAUAGAGGCAACAACUUAGAAGAAUUUCUAAAACAGCUUACUCGCACCAGUGGGGAAAUAAAGGCAUUCGCGCGCUGACGAAAGGUGAUGAGGGAUGCUACAUAAGGUUUGCAAAAGCUUCCUACGCACUUGUGUCGGUCGUACUUUCCCUGUCUUCAAAUUAUUGUCCGGAAGAACGAUGAGUUCAGAUAAUAUAGAAAAGGUGAGUUUCACAUUUGCAGAUGCCGUUUGCUUCGUAUUUACGUGUUAAACUGAGUUGCUGCAAAUUAGGAAAUCGUGGAAACUCAAUUUUUUGGCUGAAAGACAGGUAGUUGAGAUCGUUUGUAUGUCUUUCCAUAAAAGAAAUUUCUAAACCGUUUCUUAGCGAUCAAUUAUUUAUUUUCAUAAUGUGGAUAACCCAUACUUAUUUUUUUUUUAUCAUUGUUUUCUUGCAAUUUUUAUCAAUAAACUCGGUAAAAAGAUGAAAACAAAACGUUGGUCAGACGAAAUAUGCAUGUUUGGUUUAGAGGCCAGUACCUGUAAUGGGCGACAUUCAUUAGUUUGACUUAUGUGGCGAAAUUUUUGUAGCCAGCCCUGCACGGUGCAUUGAGCAAGGUUUCCUGGCUUAUUGGAAAGUGGGAAGGUGAAGGCUGUGGUGUUUAUCCAACAAUUUCUCCUUUCAUGUAUGGUGAAGAGAUCAUCUUUGAUCAUGUGGGACAGCCGAUGCUCUCUUACAGGUAAGAAAAUUAUGGCCAACAAUUUUUAAAAUACGCAUUUUGCAGCGAAACUGCUUUAGAACAACAGAUCUAGCAUAUGUACAGAGUGUACUGUACAUUUCAUAUGAUGCGCAUGCUUUAAUUUUGGAAAAACGAGUUUCUGCUUUUCGAAUGCAUCACCCAUUGUGAGAGGAGGCUUAAGUUCUCUGGAGUCUAACAAGAGCGGAUGUAUAGAGAAUCCAAUUUGCAUUCUCUAUUAUUUUCAAUUGCAUAUGGUGGAUAAGUGUUGUGGUAGUAGUGACACCAUUUGUGCAUUAUUCAUCUGGUCUCAUUCCCUCUCUAUUUACCUGCAGCCUCUCAUGACAGGUUUCAUCCACCCAUCCUUCCCUAUUUUCUCUCCACCACUGUUUGUGCACUGGCUGCCCACAUUCUCAAUGAAGAAGAGCAAGGGAGACAAGGUGGAAUAAAUCACCAUCUCAUGUUAAUUGCCUUUAUUUCCAGUUUAAAAAUUCCAGUUUUACCUUUUUUUUUUUUAUAAAUAACUCAUGUUACUGACAGAAUUAAACUGAAAUUAAUUGUCUAGCCCUAUUAUUAUUUUUAAAUUUUUUUUCCAGUUUUUCUUGGCUCUAAUGUCAUAUUUCAUUUGUGGCAUGUUAACCAAUGUCAUGCAUUUAUGGACACUAUUGUUUACCGUUUACCUUUGACAGAAACACAGGAAUGUUUGCAGGUCAUACCCUAUAGAGAUAGGGACUUUUCCUACAGACCCAUUUAAUAACCUCUAAAUCUAGAGAAUCACUUGUUCUCGUGGCGAUUGAUCAUACAAAUCAUGCUAUGAUCUUUCAAUACAAUGUCCACAAUAAUAAAACCAAGUAAGUGCUGGAGAAGAAUGCCUCAGACUCCUGAUGAACAAUUACAUUGUACUUACAAAUCAUCUGGAGUAUUUCUUUAUUUUGCAAAAAAAUUAAGCAAAUUUAAUAGUAGAUCAAGAUUCACUCUGUGCCUUUUUCCAUACACUCUUUAAGCUCCAGAACGUGGCAUCUGGAAAAAGGAGCUCCAAUGCACCAUGAAGUUGGAUUUCUCAAAGUCAAACCAGAAACAUCAUCACUUGCCUUCAUUAUAGCACAGAAUACAGGUAGACAUGUCAUAUUAAGCUUGUAUAGUGCUCAACAAUCCCAUCAAGUAGUAAAAGGGCCAUGUUUGAUUUGUAAAACUGAUUACAACCACAAUGAACAAACCUGUGAGGGUGAAGGGAGAAAAUUAGGUAGGAGAUGAAAGUUAACCCAACCCAUUGCCAUCCACUGUUCUAACUGCCUUAUCAUUGAUACAAAACCCAAUUUUCAUAACUAACAUCAAAGUAGAUUUUUGCCAACACUCAAUUUAACCUCUAAGAGUGACCAGCAUCCACUGUCUCCUUUCAAACAUUUAGGUCACGAGAAUGAAGAAAAUGAUCACCAGUAUAAGAAACCUCUUGAGUGUUAAAAAGUAAUCCAUGUCAGUACCACUGGAAAUGUAGUGGGCUGCUGAGUAUAUAAGGAUAUGUAAUGUAAGGCAUAAAGGGUUUAAACCACAAAGACAAGAUGUGGUUAAAGAUACUGUGAGUAAGACCGUGUAUGCUGCAGGGCAAUUUAGUAUUAUCAACUGAGUUGGUAACAUAAAUUGGCCAUUAGCCCUGUGCCAUUCGCUCUGACAAAGGGCUAACGAUCAAAAUGUUAGCUUCAAAACUUGUAAUGGUGGCCAAUUUACAUUAUCAAUUCAGUUGAUAAUACUAAAUUACCUUGUUAUACUCUCCCACCUAUGUAGCACCACAGUUUCUUUAGAAUCUUAUCCCCUUUAUUCAUUUGUCUAUGCUGCAACUAAUUUUUAAUUCACAGGUCUUGCUGAAGUUGAGGAGGGUGAAGUUAAGGGACAUGAGAUUCAUCUUGUCUCUCACUCAGUUGGAAGAGCGAGUUUUGGUGCUGACCCAAAAGUCCAAAAGGUAAAUCAAGUUAAAAGGUCUAAAACUUAUUGUUGGUGAUAACUUAAGGAACGCCUCCCCAUUUAAAUAUGUACUUCACCAUUUUAAUGUGUACUUGAAAUUUUUGGUAUCUUAGUUCCUGAAUGAACCAAUCAGAUCUCAAAUACAUUUUUAAUUAGUUCUUUGGGAUAUAAGUUAUUGUGUCAACCAAUCAGAUUUGGUUUGUAAUGUGAAACUUACUCUUCAGUAACUAAGUUCCUCAACAAACCAAUGACAUGGAAGAAUAUAGGUCAGGUCAUUUCUAAAUUAAGGUUUGCCUGUUUUAUUUCUGUCAACAACAAAUAAAACAGACAACAAUAGAUGGGGCAUUUCUGCUUUAAGAGCAGUAAUGUUUCACCAUAAAUUGGAUGCUAUCUGUACUAAAUUAUUCUUCUACGAGGUUGUAUUAUUUUUAUUAGCACUAGAUGCGUAGAAGCUUUUUGUAAAGUUUUGUCACUGUUGUAAUUUUGCAGUUAAAAAAAUCAGUUACAUUUAGUGUAUUUCACCUUAGAAAUAUAUCAAAUACUCUGUGGUUAACACAGCAAUGGAAACACACCCGAUUGCUUACAAUUCCACAGAAAUCGUUGACAGAAAUUGUUGACAGAAAUCAUUGACAGAAAUCGUUGACAGAAAUCGUUGACAGAAAUCGUUGACAGAAAUCGUUGACAGAAAUCGUUGACAGAAAUCGUUGACAGAAAUCGUUGACAGAAAUCGUUGACAGAAAUCGUUGACAGAAAUCGUUGACAGAAAUCGUUGACAGAAAUCGUUGACAGAAAUUGCCACCACAGUUUUGCCGCGCUCUUUAUCAGCGCCCGAUUACUAAGAAAGCGAUCAAAUGACCAUUAUCCUUUGUAAAGACUGUGAAUUCAUUUCCGGUGAAUGUGCAAAUAAUUGUGUCCGCAUGAUAAAAAAUAAAAAAAUAUUGCAACCCUUUUAUGCUGGUAAACGUUCUUAAAAGGAAGAAGAUUUGACAAGCUUUCCUGUCAAGAACAUGAUAAUGACAUUACAGUAAUCGUGACACUGUAACACUUAUUGGAAAGCAAGCAAGGACUUGACCUGUAGACACACGAAACUUAUCAUCUUACUUUUCCGCCCUGUUUUGCUACAGGCAACGAUUGCGUUACAAUUUUGAUUUUUGUACUGAAUGUAUGCUAAGUUGAAGCAAAUCAUGCUACUGAAAUUUAACCCAACUAAUUACUACUAUAUUUACAAGGAGAAUUAAUCAAAUCAAGGACUCUUCACUUUUAGACCCUUAUUGCAGAAGUUACAAUUGAAGAUGUUAGGGCCGAAUGUACAUUACACCCCGACAACAUCUACCAAAGGCCAGAACUGUGGAACUUGAUGGGGUGGCAGACUUUUAGAUGGUGUUGCAGUACCCGUAGAUGCCAAAAAUGGAACGUAAAAUUUCUUAAUUAGACGUGAUCUUACAGAAAGGUAAAUCGGUGCAACUAAAUUAAAUGGACAUUCAAAUAGGCUUCCGCACCUUCGAAAAACUCAAAUGAUCACCUGUUGGUGAAUUAACUGACUUUACAGCCUGUACCAUAAGCGUCAGUGGGAGGCUUCAGUACUUUAAUAAUGAGAAUACACGUCAUCGACCAUAAAGGGAUGCCCAUAAAUCAUGAGGAACGGCAAAAUCUCCCUCAAACAACUGGUAUCUGUCUUUUGCCAAAAACGGCAACCAACUAGAGAAAGAGUUGUUUCGCAAACUUUAAGUCGUUAUCUUAAAAGAGAAACAACCCAUCCGUAUGGGGGAAUUUCCAUAUCUCCAAAAAUGACUCUUUGUUGUGCGGCUUACGCAUUCGAAAUGAACGGGAGCAAAAUGAAUUACCCUUGUCAAGUACCUCACACUAAAGAUACGCUUUGGCGAAAUGGUGAUUCGCUCGUAUGGGAAGCCUUUGCCCAUUUUGCUUAGAUACCACGUCAAAAGAUUUUUUUGCUGACAUAACUGGGGUGGAAAAAAAUCCUAGGACGACCAUGAAGACUGACGAACAGCUUCACCUUGAGACGUCAGCUUUAGAAAAUAGUCUUGGAAACGGUAACCAAGUAGUUACAUUAUCAACUCAGUUGAUAAAAUCAAACUCUCUUAUUAAACCCACCCCAGCACCACAGUUUCUUAAAGAACUUGCUCGUUUUAUUUGAAAAAGCAAACAAUCAAACACAUCCCCACACACACACAAAAACAAAUGAACACAAAACUAGACAAAAACCCUUCGGACCGUAAAAAUGGGGCAGGCAAGCUCGGUCCAAAGUCUCUUUCUGACAACAAAAAUCCAGUAAAAUGAAGGAAGAUGGACCGAACUCCUAAAGAGCGACCUGUAACUCAGUUGGAAAAGUGUAUACCAACAGAAGACUUAGAUGAUACUUAAGAUGUUUGUGACGUGUGUGAUAUUUUGAUGAACUAAAUGCCAAUUAUUUAAUCGACAAAGCUUCGUAAAGCGUUGAGAAAGAGGACAACUGAGUGUAAUAUGAAAUUAGCGAGGAAGUUGUGAUUUAUUAACUCAAGCCAUGUAAUUUUUUAAACAGAUUUGAUUAAUUCUCCUUGUAAAUACAGUAGUAAUUAGGUUCAUUCAGGAACUAAGAUACCUAAAAUUUCAAGUACACAUUAAAAUGGUGAAGUACAUAUUUAAAUGGGGAGGUGUUAAGGGCUAUUUUUUUUCUCAGGAAGCUAAAAACUGUUUUGUUAUUUUUCAAUAACACAUCAUGUAGUGAGUUAAAACAGAACCAUAAUUUCACAUUUGUUGCUUCAACAAGUGCAUUGCAUCAAGCUUAAGUUAAUCCUCACAAAACAGUUUGGUCUAGAAAUUUGCCCAAAAAAAUGAAAUUUGAUCUGCUGUUUGAAAAAAAGGGGUCUGUGAAUUUAUUUUUAAGUCAGUACAGACAUUUAAAGGUAAAAUUAAGGUUGUUUUCUAGAGGCUGAACUGUUGCAAUCAUGACAACCAAUCAAUUGAUUGAUUAACAAUAGCAAGCAUUUGGUUGAAACCACUUUCAAUGAGAAAACAAGAAAGUAUGGAAGUAUCAACCUGUUAAAGAAUAAACAUGAAAAAAAUCAACACCUCCAUCCACUUCAAACAUGCACCAUAUCAUAGUUACAGUAAUUGCUCAAUGAUUUGUUUUAUGGUCUGAAAGAUUUUAGAAUUCAUGGCCUGGCUGUUUUUAGUGGGGUUAAGAUAACUCAGGGUUAGUGUGAAAUCUGAUUUCAGAUCUGAAACCUUUAAAAAAAUUCAGUUAACUCUUUUUUCUUUUAUUGUCUACAAUUUGAUGUUUGGAUGCACUAAAAGGAAUAAAAAAAUCAUCCAACAAGAGCUUUUGAACAAAGGAAUAAAGAAACCCAGAAUAAAAUUUAACCUUGGGUUAGCGCUAAUCUGCCUUUGAACAGCCGGGUCCCAAAUGAUUGUCAUUGUUAUGUCCAAUAAAAUGAACUAUAUAUUUAAUUAUUUUAAUGUUUUCAGGUGGAGAGGAUCUUCAGACUAAAGGAUCCAGAUACGCUGGAAAUGGAGUGUUUCAUGGAAACAAGCAGCACAAAACACCAAAAACAUCUGCACAUCACUUACAAGAAGGUCAUGAACUAAUAACUCGAGAAUUAAAGUCUUAGACUUAUAAACUAGCUUGUAAACUACUAGACCUACAAAUGAUAAAUACAAAAAAUAGUUUAGAAAAUUUAUCUUUAGGUAUCUCAUAGGGUAGUUAAUGCCAGUUAAAUGUGAUUAAGGGAUGGGAUUGACUUUUAAUUGAUGUUGUAAACAUGAGGCAAAUUAGGAGACCUUUUUUACCAUGAAUCUAUAAAUGCAAAAAAUAGUUUAGAAAAUUUAUCUUUAGGUAUCUCAUAGGGUAGUUAAUGCCAGUUAAAUGUGAUUAAGGGAUGGGAUUGACUUUUAAUUGAUGUAGUAAACAUAAGGCAAAUUAGGAGACCUUUUUUACCAUGAAUCUAUAAAUGCAAAAAAUAGUUUAGAAAAUUUAUCUUUAGGUAUCUCAUAGGGUAGUUAAUGCUAGUUAAAUGUGAUUAAGCGAUGGGAUUGACUUUUAAUUGAUGUAGUAAACAUAAGGCAAAUGAGGAGACAUUUUUACCAUGAAUCAAUAAAAACCUGCACUGCCCGACAUACUAGGACCGUCACAAGCAUUUUUUCAAUCUUGAUGUGCCAUGAUUCACACCCUGUGUGCUUUGUUUAUACAAAUUUACUGGUGAUACUCUGUUACAAAGGUGUACUUUUAAUUAAUUUAUUCAUUAUUUAAUAAUUGAAUGAGUGCAGCAUGCUAAAUUGUUAACCCUUUAACUCCUAUGAGUGACCAAGACAGAAUUUCUCCUUACAACAUCAAUACAAUAUCAAGCAGACAAGUAAUGAGAUUAAAGGAAAAUAUGAAUUAGGGGAUUAUUAAUUGAUCCAAUAUCAAAUUCUCCAAACUAACAUCACAAGAACUAUAUGACAGACAGUAAGGAGAAUUAUUAAUGAGAUCGUGGGAGUUGAAGGGUUAAUUAUUUCCUUUUGUACUCCUGCAGCUCUAAACAGUUCAGCCUAUAGAUUUGCUUGGUACCUAUCUUAUUUAGCCUUACCGUAUCCUUGCUGAAUCAAACACUAAGUUCAUGAGAGUUAAGGAAAUGAUUGCCAGUUUAUCCUUUAACUCCUAAGAUAUGGGUAAUUGAAGAAGAGCUCCCCAAAAAACCUGUCGGCCGACUGUCGGUCAACUGUCAGCCGACGGUUGACCGACAGGUUACUGACAGCUAACCAACAGGUUACCGACAGGUUAAGAAAAAAGAAAUGAUUGUUUAUUCUCCCCUCUAGCUGUUAUCCAUUUCUUUGUAAAUCAGUUAUGAGAACUUGGUGCUAGGUCAAGAUAGCAGCUUCUACCUAAUAAGUUUGAGUAUUCUCAUUACCUGUCUGCUGAAAAAUGUAUGGAUCUUAUAGGUAGAAGUUUCAUGUUAACCACUUCUGGGGGUGAAAGGUUUAAUAAAUCUCUUGACUGUUAAACAAAUUCUUAUUGGCAUCAUCAGAAAUGUAUAAGGAACAGUGUUGACUCUUCUGCAUACUGAUGUUAUGGUGUUAAGCAUAAGGGUUAACCACGCAAAAAAUGUUAAACCAACUGUUUGAACUUUUCAGUUAACAGGCAUUGUCGCCACACAAACAUCCCUGUUCAACUAUUUUCACAUGUCCUUUGUACCAGGCAAUGAUAAGCUGGAUCAGCAAAGGCUGCAAUCUACAUUUUCAUUGCUGCCCUCAGAUUGGUUUUUAUUGUGUAUGUGAACUAGGUUUUUAUAAGUGCAUUGAAAUCACAAGCCCAAAGCAAGGCUAGUGAUAUUUUAAAGUUUUAAGUACUUAUCUGUUAUGUUUUAUAAAUGUAGAAGUCACUGAACCAAGUAUGUUGGAGAUAGUUCAGAAAGUGUUUUAAUCUUUAAUUAGAGGUUUU